UCAAAUUUGCCUGAGAUAAUAUCUUCUCUGUUUUACUUGCAGGCAAGACAGCAGAUGCUGACUGCGUUUACCGUUACCAGACACAACGAGGAGCCAAGGUAGUAACGGGUAAACAUGGCCCCGAGAUGCGGGACUUUGCUGUUAAUGUGGGCUCUUCUCCACUUCUUUGGAGUUACUUCUUCUUCUUCGCCCGUGAUGACCAAGUACGGACAGGUAAGCGGCAUCACGGUGACGCCGGCUAGAGACCUGAAGCCGGUUGUCCAGUACCUCGGGAUCCCGUACGCUCUCCCGCCGAAGGGCAGCCUGCGUUUUCGGCCGCCGCAGCCCCCCAAGCCGUGGACAGGCGUGCGGAACUUCACCGCGUUUGGCCCCGUGUGCCCGCAGAUGAUCAACGAUACCGAGAACUGGCAGAAGCAGGGGGCCUCCGUCCAGAGGAUGCGGCUGGCCAUGCUGCCUUUCCUGAAGCUGAUGGACGAAGACUGCCUCUAUCUUAAUGUGUACAAACGAGCGGACUUGGCGGUUAGUUUUCGAUCAUUAGGAACGGGUCGGUUAACGAUUGGAGCGGCAAACAGGAUCGUGGUCACCCGGGUAGCUUGA